AUCGAAGCUGUGGCAGGUGACCUACUUUCUGGAACGGGGCGUUCUUCAAAGACGACGUCCUCAACGCCACGAAGGACGAAGGAUUUGUUUACUCCAUACUCAGACAUGGAGUUGACGACUCAGGGCGACGAGAGUGCAUUGAAAAUGUCGAAAUAUGAGAAACUUCUCGUUUCAUGCCUGAGAAGAGCGGUUCGUUUCAGGGCCAACAUCAUUGGUCGAGAAAGGGAAGAACAAAGCAACAGAAUUUAUCUCGCUUGCAUCCUAGAGUCGGAUUUGCCUCCAGCAGGAGGGUUUGAAACUCUGAAAUAUAAACGAAAUCUUCCUUAUCGUGGCCCAAGUGGUCUCGUCCUUCUUCUUGGAACCAUGGCCUUCUGUGGCUUUGGCUUUUAUCGUUAUGGUCAAGGUGCAAAUGAACGAAGUCUAUACACCCACAUAACCCCCCAGCAUUAUGUCCUUCGGACUCCAUUGACCGAGGCAUUGCUGUAUUCGUUUCUGAAUCAACAGCUACGAAGACCUGCCCCAUUCGUAUCGCGAAUGACUCCGGCGACAGGAGCAGAUCUGAUUUACUGGCUCAGAUGCGUCGAUCAUCGAGGUUAUUUCACGUUGUCCGUUCCAUCACGUCGGGUUGUCCUCCUGAGAUAUAGGGAGGUGACGUCCAGCUAUCAGCCACCAUACCACGCCAUAUGCCUGUCCUCCCUCCCCGUCGUGGAGGGGAAGAUAGCCAGUUGGAUGGGAAGCGGCCAAGCGCCUUCGGCCAGAGCCCGUACACCUCGCAGGACCCCGGAUGUCACACCCGCCCAGUCUCACAGCACCCUAGGCCUGCUGCCCUAA